AAGAGUGGGACCAUGCCAGGCUGUCAGAUCUGGACUGGGUUUGUGCCGGUUCUGCUGGUCUGGAUGCUGUUGGCAUCUGGUUCAGGGAAUGCACGCAUGAUCGGGAAGAGGGGACUCAGUCAGAAGGACUAUGAGUACUCCAACCAUCCUCAGAACACUCAGCACCAGAAGAACGACCGCUGUCCUCCUCCACCGCAGAUGCUGCCCGAGCGAGCCUGUGAGGUGCCGGGCUGCCGGUCGGAUUCUGAGUGUGAGAGACACAAGCAGUGCUGUUACAACGGCUGCAUCUACGCCUGCCUGGAGUCAGUACAACCUCCACCCGUUCUGGACUGGUUGGUGCAACCCAAGCCACGGUGGUUAGGAGGGAACGGCUGGCUGUUAGAUGGACCAGAAGAGGUUCUGCAGGCUGAGGCCUGCAGCACCACAGAGGAUGGAGAUGAGCCUUUGCUCUGCCCAACUGGUUACGAGUGCCACAUUAUCAACCCUGGAAACCCCUCAGCUGGGAUCCCAAACCGAGGCCAGUGCAUCAAACAGCGUGGAAACUCAGAUGGACGUAGCCUGAGACACAAAUCCUUCAAAGAUUACAAGGAUUAUUUAGGAAGUAACUCCAACAAUGCAGUGAGCUAUGAGAAACAUCAGCACAAGCAUUUGGGCUGAGACAGGUGACUGAAAGUUGGUUCCAUUUUAGAGGACUGAAGUAACCAGUAACCGCUGACCUUUAUACUUGAAGCCCAGCCAUCAAAUCCAACAGAAAUGCACAAGCCUUUCUCUUCAGCUCAAACCAGAGAUCGGUUCAUAUCUGGUGCUCUUUUCUUAGGUGAUAAUGUGGAGUGACAGAAAUGCAAAGCUAAAAUUUCCUACCUCUUAUAAAAGCCAAAAACAGAGCACAGAAAGUAUCAAAGAACUUAUACAAUAACACGUCUUAUACAUAUGCCUACUUUGGGUAAAAAGCAAAAUUAGUUAUGUGAGCUGUGUUGAAGGAAGAUUCUAUGUGUGUUUUUUUUGCUGCUGAGUCUGAACUCCAUUGUUUUCACUUUAAACACCAAAAACAGCUAGUUACUGUAUGCUGACUGCUCAGUUACUAUGUCUGUGGAUUUUAAUUUUGGUACAGAAGACUUAAAUUCCAUACCACCCAAUUAUGUUUCUCCUUUGAAGUUUUUUAUUUUUAAAAAAAUCAUGUGUUGCUUCAACUAGUUCACCUUAAACAAGCAACAGUUAAAAUCCAGAUGUGCUCUAUCACUACAAGAUAUUUGUUUUUUAUAUGGUGCUCCAAUCAAUAACUGUGUUUUUUGUUGUUGUUUUUUACUCACUGUGCAGGUCUGCUCUCUGAUAAGUGUGAGUGUGUGAGUGUGACGUGACAUUCAGCCAAGUAUGGUGACCCAUACUCAGAAUUCGUGCUCUGCAUUUAACCCAUCCGAAGUGCACACACACAGAGCAGUGAACACACAC